GGUACAUCCUGGGCUCGAGCAGGGCCCUAGAAGCUCUGACCAGACACCCCUCACCAUCACCACAUCUUUGGAUGCUCUCCUGGCCAGCCAUGCUGCUGGGUGGCCUCCUUCUCAUGGUGGCUACCAUGACUGUGGCCCAGCGAAGGGGGCAGGGGGCGGGAGCGCGCCGCCAGAGGCACCGAGUGCAGCAUGGUCAGUGCAGCUACACCUUCCUGCUGCCCGAGCCUGAGCCCUGCCCCCCAGAGCCUGAGGCCUUCAGGGGCUCCAACAGCCUCCAGAGGGACUCGCCAGCCACUGCACUGAACCUAGGGGACUGGCCUACCCAGCGUGUGCAACACCUGGAGAAGGUGCUGGAGAACAACACAAAGUGGCUGCAGAAGCUGGAAAGGUACAUCCAGAGGAACCUGAGGUCGGAGCUGGCGCAGGCACAGCAGCACAUAGUCCAGAACCAGACGGCCACCAUGCUGGAGCUGGGCACCAGCCUCCUGAACCAGACCACUGCCCAGACGCGCAAGCUGACUGCCAUGGAGGCGCAGGUACUGAACCAGACGUCAAGAAUGGAGAUCCAGAUGCUGGAGACCUCGCUAUCCACCAACAAGCUGGAGAAGCAGCUGUUGCUACAGGGCCAUGAGCUCCACCGGCUGCAGGGACACAACAGCGCGCUGGAGACCCGGGUGCAAGCCCUGGAGACAAAGCAGCAGGCGGAGCUGGCGAGCCUCCGCGGGGAGAAGGAGCGGCUGCAGCGCCUACUGAGCCGCCAGAACGGCGCCCUCGCCGGCCUGGAGCGCAGCCUGCGCAUCGCCAGCAGCAACUCCAGCCUCCUGCAGCACCAGCAGAGCCAGCUGCUGGAGUCCGUGCAGCGCCUGGUGCGCGUGGCGGCCCAGGACCCGGCCUCCAUGAGGGCAGCUGAGCAGGUGUUCCAGGACUGCGCAGAGAUCCAGCGCUUCGGGGCCAACGCCAGUGGCAUCUACACCAUCCACGUGGCCAAUAUGACAGAGCCCAGGAAGGUUUUCUGUGACAUGGAUGCCAGUGGAGGUGGGUGGACCCUCAUCCAGCGCCGUGUGAAUGGCAGCGUGAAUUUUCAGCGGAACUGGAAAGAUUAUAAACAGGGCUUUGGAGACCUGGCUGGGGAGCACUGGCUGGGCAAUGAGUUGGUGCACCAGCUCACCAGCAGGACAGCCUAUUCUCUACGCGUGGAGCUGCAAGACUGGGAAGGCAAUGAGGCCCAUGCCCAGUAUGAGCAUUUCCAGCUGGGCAGCGAGGGGCAGCUAUACAGGCUUUCUCUGAGCGGGUACAGUGGCUCGGCGGGGCGCCAGAGCAGCCUGGUCCUGCAGGGCACCAACUUUAGCACCCGUGACGCAGACAAUGACAACUGCCUCUGCAAGUGCGCCCAGAUGCUGUCCGGAGGGUGGUGGUUUGACGCCUGCGGCCUCUCAAACCUCAAUGGCAUCUACUACCCAGCCCGCCGCCACCUGCGCAAGCUCAACGGCAUCCGCUGGCACUACUUCCAGGGCCCCAGCUACUCGCUGCGCGCCGCUCGCAUGAUGGUGCGCCCUGUUGGCGUCUGACGGCAGCUGCGCGUAGAGGCUGGACACAGAGGAGGCAGGACUUAGGAUCCCCUGGACAAGCUGGGCCCAGCACAAGACAAGUGCCAGAGCCCGGUCCUGGCCACCUGGGUCUCAUGAGCCAGCCCUCCUGCCCCAGGAGUUCCCAA